AUGCUCCUCCUCCGCCCCCUCCGUCAAACAUCACGAGUCGCAACCGCAGCCUUGGGCGCAUCAACAGCGCGGGCUUGCGCUUCACGCUCUAGCAAUGUCGCCUUCUCCUUCCGACGCACCUAUGCAGCAAGAGGCGCAAUGGCGACCUUCCCGACGAUCGAUACCUGCCCGUCGCCCACCUGCUCCUGCGCUCCGACUCCCACGUUCCCCGAGGGUUUCGAGAUCGAUCACACCACGCCUCUCAAUGGGCUUAUGCCAGCCCAUGCCCAGCAAGUUCUUAUUUGCACUGGCAAGGACGACUGGCCGUCCAAGAUUGAGGAUGACAACGAUGGCCAAAACCAUGCUGCCAUGCUGCGCGAUCUGAUUGGGAGAGGAGGUCCCUAUAGCGAUCCCUUCCACAACAUUUCCGUCCUCAACGUCUCCUUUCCCCCAUCUUCGUCUUCUGCUUCACCGGGCAACACAUCCAUCUACCUCCUCCCAGACUUUAAAUACCUCCCCACCCUCUCCUCCUCCCCCGAGCAGCUCAAAGCCCUUGUAAAAGCACACCUCCUCCCUGAAAAACUGCACCCCGUGCACGCCCACUCGCCGCCCGCCAAGCAAGAAGCCCUCCGCCGCGAUCCCAGCUACGCCGACCAGAUCCCUGGUCCAGGUAUUCAGGAUAUCCGCAACGAGGUUAUCGUGUUAAUCUGCGGCCACGGCGGACGCGAUCAGCGGUGCGGUGUGUACGGCCCUUUGUUGAGGGGCGAGUUUGAGAAGAAGUUGGCGGAGCAAACCCCAGCUAUUGAGGUGCUCAAGGGCGCUGCUGCUGCUGAAGAGCAUGCACCCAACGGAGAGGACCCGGAGAAAAAUGUCUGGGGAGCAAGAGUCGGCCUAAUCAGCCACAUCGGCGGCCACAAGUUUGCAGGCAACGUGAUUGUUUAUAUCCCACCCGGGUUGAAGCUCCCCGAGUCAGGUGCGCUGCAUCCGCUGGCUGGACAUGGGAUUUGGUACGGGAGGGUUGAGCCGAAGCAUGUGGAGGGUAUCGUGCAGGAGACGAUCAGGAAGGGGAAUGUGAUUAAGGAGUUGUUUAGGGGCGGGAUUAAGAAGGGUGGAGAGAUUUUGAGGUUGCCUUUGUAA